AUGGAAGUCCUCACCCCCCAAGUAGACGAUGUUGAUCUCAGGAUCCGGGAGGCCGAGGAGGAACUGACAAGACUGCGAAAGGAACGCGCCUUGGUCGAGUUGCAGAACCAGCUGGCGGAGGAGCAGCGGCUGCUGGCGAAUUCUCACAAUGCCCAACCGACCUCUCAUACCAUUCACCGCGCCGCCGAACCCACGGAUUUCCUCGGUCGCUAUCCCGUCCUUCCCUUCGAACAAGAGGCACAACCGGUAUUGAAGCGAUCGGACUCGGAAUUGACACUGUCUGAAGAAGAUGGGUUGCUCAUGUUUCCUGAGCAUGUCCCCAUGCUUCCAGUAACCAAAGUGUACCACGGCGUCAACCGAAAGGAGUUCCUCCUCCUAAUGCGUCGCUUGUAG